CACCCAGGAUGUGUUGACGCUUUAUGGUUGUUCAGUUCAACGAGUGCUUAAGGGGCAUAUAAAAUUUAGUCUAAUUUUCAACCUCAAACCAAACCUCGUGCUUCGGAGGCAGCCUGUGUUGGCCUGUGCGCCCAAUGUAUCUGUAAGUGCACUGAUCCAGGUCCCAGACUAAUGCUUUUUGAACAUGAUCAGAAUUCUGAUUUGUGGACAGAACAAGACGAGUUAUCCAGUAGGGCCUAUGCUCCAGGCAGGCAAUAUCACAGUUUCAAGUUCAGUGACACUUAACACUCAACCCGUGACUCCAGAGUUUGGUGAAAGAGGGAACCGUUGGGCCAUCCUUAUGAUACUUAUCUUAUCACCUGAUGUUUGAUCAAGUCUUGUGAUCAGGUGCGCUUGUAGCAACAGUUGUAGGUCUGCUAGCAUACCUCUGCGCCAAACGUUUAUAUCCUCACAGCAAACAAGUCAGGCAAACCAUGAAGUACGCGGUGGUGGUGCUGUUAGCGGCAGUGGUGGUGUUGGGUCGAGUUGGGAGCAGUGUCGGGCAAAACCCCAUACCCCACCGACCGCCGAGGGGAUUCGUCUACCCGUACAGCAAUAAUUGCAACGCACCGGUGGAAUUCAAGGCGUUCAUCGACCUGAGUUGCCCGGACUGUAAGCAAGCGUGGCCUACAUUUCAGAAGGUCGCUGCAUUCUACAGCAACGCGUCGAUCUCAGUGCUAUCCUUCGAAGCAAUCCUCUUUCCUCUGCCAUUUCACCGUGCAGCAUUCCCAGCUGCUCAGGCAUCAUACAUUCUUCGGCUUUUGAGAGAAGCAGCAGCCUACCCGUGGUUCGACUACAUCUUCGAACACCAGAGCAAGUACUACAAUGGCGCCACCUUGAAUCUCACCCAGUCGGAAAUCGAUGUGAUGUUGGCCAAGGACAUCUCCUCAGCUACUGGCAUUUCCAUGUCCGAUAUCCUGACUCACUUCAAGGAUUCAGAUCCGUCCAGGGAGGAGGAGAUAGUCAUGUGGAAAUACGCCUGCUCUAUGACGGUUUCUGGCACGCCCACCGUUUUCGUCAAUGGUGUGCGAGUGGACUUUUCGCUGACGUGGACCUUGGAUGAUUGGCGGAAAGUGAUUGACCCGUUGCUUGAACCCGAGGACGUGUACUAUAUGCGAAAGACCUGCCCGGCAGGACAGAAGUUGUGCAAAUAUCUACCUGGUAAGACGGAGUGUUGCUUGAAAGGAGAGUUCUGCAUUCCCAACGUUGGUUGCCGAUGCUAGAAAGCCAUUGCGACGGGUGACGAGUACCAACUCGGGCGACGGUAAUCAAAUCAAAAUUUAAACUACAUGUGCACAAAUACAGAGCUGAUAACCAGUUCCUAUAGCUGACUUGAAACACUACAGGCAAUGUUUAUAGUAGAUCUGUUUAAAACUGUUGUGGCAAACAACUUUGAAAAAACGUAAAAUAUCUAACACCCAAUCAUAAAGGCAGUUAACUUUGUGAUUAAGGUUUCAGAAGCAAUCAGGUUUCGUUAAUAAAGCAACAGAGAGUAGUAUUGUCUCAUCGUAAAGGCUACCACUGUCUCUCCUGUGACCGACAGGACGAGGAAUUUGGAACAGUUUGUGAAACGAUUAUAUUGAUGAGAAGCAAUAUAAUGGGCAUUUCAUUAACUUUACAUGAUGUAUACAUUGAGUUUCGAAAUGAUCAUUUUUAUGUUUCCUUGCUCGCUCUUUCAAAUAAAUUUCAUUUUAUUUAAAUUUCA